CAACAUCUCAAUAUGGCUGAAAAUAUUGAUGUAGACAAUAUUUGGAGGAUUUUGGGUAAACGAUACACAGUUCUACAGAUAAUUUACGCUUUCUUUAUAUCAGUAUAUAUGGCAGGCUUUCCCAUGCUAGUUUACGUUUUUGUUGGAUAUGCCCCAAGUCAUAGAUGUAAACCAUUUACCAAGGAUCUAUAUGAAUAUGGAUACACAGAACAGUAUAAUACAACGUAUACAGUGGUGAAGUACGACUCAUGCCAUACCACAAUAUCCCGCAAUAUAUCCAAUACCACUGAAGUUAUCAGCAUACCAUGUGUGGAAGGGUAUCAGUAUGAUAUUGAAGUUGACACUUUUGUUUCAGAGUGGAACCUAGUAUGUGAUAAAGCAGGUUUAGGUGAGCUUACUCAGACAAUAUGGACAGCAGGGCAAGGAAUUGGGUCUCUAAUUUUUCCAUCCAUUGCUGACCGCUAUGGACGAAAACCGUUAACCGUUUGUUGUAUGAUCUUGCUGACGAUAAGUGGAGCUUCAGCCUCUUUCGGAAGUUACUAUAUAUAUGCAGUAUUACGAUUUUUAAGUGGAGCGUUUCAGCAGGGAUAUGGGUUAACAAUGUAUAUUGGAAUAAUGGAACAAGUAUCAAAAGAAAAUAGAGGAAUGGUCAGCGCCCUUGCAUCGUUGUCAUGGUCAAUCAAUGUUAUCGGGGUCGCUGCUAUUGGAUAUCUAAUGAGAAAUAUUCAUUGGAGAUAUGUACAAAUGGCAUCUGGUCUCGUUGGAAUUCAUAGUCUGUUUGCAUAUUGGAUAAUUGAUGAAUCCUUAAGAUGGCUUAUAGCAAAUAAAAAGAUGAAACAGGCAAAGGCGGUAGUCAUGAAAGUAGCCAGAUUUAACAAAGUGAAACUGGAAAAGGUGUUACCUUUAUUAGAAGGUGAGGCAGAAAUGAGACUACUUCAGGAGCCUGACUUAGAAAAGGAUAUUAGCAGUGCAAAGAAGCCAAACGAGAAUAUGCUGACUAUAUUGAAAACCAAAACAUUAUUUAAAACAUCAGCAAUUAUGUCAUUAACCUGGUUUACAAAUUCUGUCGUAUACUAUGGCCUGACGUUACAAUCAGUUCAACUAUCAGGAGAUCGAUACCUUAAUUUCUUUAUCAGUGUUGGUGUAGAACUUCCUGCAAUGAUAACUUUUAUGUUGCUGGUUAAAAGGUUAGGAAGAAAGAAAAUUUCCAUGAUUGGUCAUAGCAUAGCUGGUAUAUCUCUGAUAAUAUCAGUUAUUUUGACAACCUUAAAGGCAAGAAGCAGCAGUUUGAACACGGCUGCUGUCGCAUUUAGUUUUAUUGGAAAAUAUGGAAUAACAAUUUCAUUCAGUACCAUAUUUCUAUGGACUCCAGAACUUUUCCCUACAAACUUAAGGAAUACCGGCAUUGGUAUCGGAUCUGUUUUUGCUCGUAUCGGUGGAAUGUUUGCUCCUUAUUCAUCACUCCUGGCCAGACAUAUAGAAUGGGGACCAGGAGUUAUAUUCGGCGCCUGUUGUGGUGUUGUUACGUUGUUACAGCUCCUGUUACCUGAAACCAGCGGGAAAGACCUACCCCAGACAGUUGAGGAACUCGUUGAAUGGGACAAAAAGAAGGAAAAUAACUCGAAAUAAUCGAAUCUGUUUAGGUCUUGUGGUUUAUUCGUCUACAUUUAACUGACUUGGAUAUACCAUAAUACUGGAUUCUGAAUAAAAAAAAUAUGAAUUCUU